AUGGCGCUGCGCCCCGAGCCUGCGGGCGGCCGGCGCGUCGUCACCAUCAACGUGGGCGGCUGCAGGGUGCGCCUGGCCUGGGCGGCGCUGGCGCGCUGUCCCCUCGCGCGCCUCGAGCGCCUGCGGGCCUGCCGCGGCCGCGACGAGCUGCUGCGCGUGUGCGACGACUACGACGCGGGCCGCGACGAGUUCUUCUUCGACCGCAGCCCGUGCGCCUUCCGCGCCAUCGUGGCGCUGCUGCGCGCCGGGAAGCUGCGGCUGCUGCGCGGCCCGUGCGCGCUGGCCUUCCGCGACGAGCUGGCCUACUGGGGCAUCGACGAGGCGCGCCUGGAGCGCUGCUGCCUGCGCCGCCUGCGCCGCCGCGAGGAGGAGGCGGCCCAGGCGCGCGCGGGGCCGCCGGGGAGCCCGGGCCGCCGCCUUCGGGACCUGCUGGACGACCCGCGCCCGGGGCCGGCCGGCAAGCUCUUCGCCUGCGUGUCCGUCGCCUUCGUCGCCGCCACGGCCGUCGGCCUGUGCCUGAGCACCAUGCCGGACAUCCGCGCGGAGGAGGAGCGGGGCGAGUGCUCCCCCAAGUGCCGCAGCCUGUUCGUGCUGGAGACGGUGUGCGUGGCCUGGUUCUCCUUCGAGUUCCUGCUGCGCUCGCUGCGCGCCGAGAGCAAGUGCGCCUUCCUGCGGACGCCGCUCAACAUCAUCGACAUCCUGGCCAUCCUGCCCUUCUACGUGUCGCUGCUCGCGGGGCUGGCGGCGGGCGGCGCGGGCGCGGGCGGCGCGGCGCUGCUGGAGCGCGCGGGGCUGGCGCUGCGCCUGCUGCGGGCGCUGCGCGUGCUCUACGUCAUGCGUCUGGCGCGCCACUCGCUCGGGCUGCGCUCGCUCGGCCUCACGGUGCGCCGCUGCGCGCGCGAGUUCGGGCUGCUGCUGCUGUUCCUGUGCGUGGCCCUGGCCCUGUUCGCGCCGCUCGUGCACCUGGCCGAGCGCGAGCUGGGCGCGCGCCGCGACUUCUCCAGCGUGCCGGCCAGCUACUGGUGGGCCGUCAUCUCCAUGACCACCGUGGGCUACGGCGACAUGGUGCCCCGCAGCCUGCCCGGCCAGGUGGUGGCGCUCAGCAGCAUCCUCAGCGGCAUCCUGCUCAUGGCCUUCCCGGCCACGUCCAUCUUCCACACCUUCUCGCGCUCCUACUCGGAGCUCAAGGAGCAGCAGCGGCGCGCCGUGGGCCCCGAGCGGGCCCCGCGCGACGACAGCACGCGCUCGGACAGCACGCGCUCGGCCCCCGCCACCGAGGACGGCGCGCAGGGGCCCGGGGGCGGCCACGGCUGCCGCCCGGGCCCGGGGGCCGCUCCCGAAGAGCCUCUGCAGAAGUAGAGCCUUCGCCUCUCCUCCCGCC